UGUGUCUGUUUGCUCUGCUGUUUGGAGUUGUCUGGGCCAUCACAGGAAGUGAGUGUUUACCUGGAGGAAACCUGUUUGGCAUCGUCAUCCUCUUCAUCUGCUCCGUGCUGGGAGGGAAGCUGGUGGGAAUGAUUCAGCUGCCCACACUGCCCCCCUUCCCCCCACUACUUGGUAUGCUGCUGGCAGGGCUGGUGCUGCGUAACGUUCCCUACAUAGCGGACGCUGUCUUCAUCGACACUCACUGGUCUGCAGCUCAGAACGUCGCCCUGUCCAUCAUCCUUACCAGAGCCGGACUGGGCCUCGACCCCUCGGCGCUGAGUCGCCUUAAGGCGGUGUGCGUGCGUGUUGCGGUCGGUCCCUGCAUGGUGGAGGCCUCCGUCGUUGCUGUGGUUUCUCACUUCCUGUUGGGUCUGCCAUGGGUCUGGGGCUUCAUACUGGGUUUUGUCCUGGCCGCAGUGUCUCCUGCAGUUGUGGUUCCUUCGAUGUUGCUCCUGCAGAGAGAAGGAUACGGCGUAGAGAAGGGAAUCCCCACCCUGCUGAUGGCUGCAGGGAGUUUUGAUGAUAUUCUGGCCAUAACAGGAUUUUCUACCUGUCUGGGAAUCGCCUUCUCUACAGGUUCUACGUGGAUGAACAUCCUAAAGGGUCUGCUGGAGGUGGUGGGAGGGAUCAUAGCCGGGCUUAUCCUGGGGCUGUUCUUGUCCUGUUUCCCCAGCAAAGACCAGGAGGACCUGGUUUUGAGGAGGACUCUCUUACUGUUGGGUCUGUCCAUAUUUUCGGUCUUCUUCAGUCAUGUUGUCGGUUUUGCUGGAGCCGGUGGUCUCUGUACGCUGGUGCUGGCCUUUUUGGCUGCUCUGGGCUGGAAGACCAACAAGGUCCCGGUGGCAGCCAUGGUGGGUCGGUCAUGGGAUGUGUUUCAGCCGCUCCUGUUUGGUCUGAUUGGAGCAGAGAUUACCAUAGCAACCCUCAGCCCCAGCACUGUGGGUCUGGGUCUGGCCUGUAUCAGUAUUGGUCUGGUGAUCCGCCUGCUCGUCACCUACCUGCUGGUUCAUUUUGGAGGAUUUAACCUGAAGGAGAAGCUCUUCAUCGCUGUGGCCUGGCUGCCUAAAGCCACAGUACAGGCUGCCAUUGGCUCCAAGGCAUUGGACAUGGCGAGGGAGGAGGGGGACCAGACCUUGAUAAAAUUUGGCUUGGACGUGCUAACGUUAGCGGUGUUAGCUAUCCUGGUCACAGCCCCCAUUGGAGCACUGGGUAUUGGACUAGCGGGACCUCGCCUCCUGGCCCGGCAGGUCAAAGCAGAUGAGACAGAAGAUGGAGGCACUAGUCCAAGCAACAAUGGGAUUGCUCAAGAAAAAGACAACGUGACACUUGAGAGCAAGUUAUGAGGCUUCUGACUGGACAGACAAAAGAAAGUAAUACUGUAAAUUAUACACUUUAAGUAAACCUUGUGUAGUUGCAGAUAUGCAGAUAACUGUAACAUAACUUUUAUAUCUGUUUCUUAAAUGCAUUGACAUGCUAAUGCUAAUGUUUUACUGUUUGUACUUUUAUGU